AUGUUAUGGGGUUUACAAUAUUUAAUUCAUACUCGACCUGCAUAUCCAUGUAUUCCAGUUUUUCUAAACUAUUAUCAUAAUACAUACGGACCAUUCAAAGGUCGUCAUUCACGAUUGAAAAAACAUGUAAAUGCUCCACAUCCAAAUAUUUAUGUUGCAAUUGAUUUACUUCGAAAGGAACAAUCAUUAGCAUCCAUUGCAAGAUUAAGAGAUUAUAUGGGUGCUCCAAUUCCAAAACGUCGAAAAAAUAAAGUUACAACAGAUGAAUGUUCAAUAAAAUUAUGA